AUGAAGUGACAAUAGACUUCUGGUCUGCUUUUUGGGGUUUAUGAGGUUUUAGGGUUCAGCUUUUCCCGGAAGCAGCUGUUUAGGGUUUAUGAGAUUUUAAGAUAUUCGCUUUCGAUUCGAAAACCAUGGCUUUCUGGGGAGUGGAAGUCAGACCCGGAAAAUCUUUCACUCAUAAAUUUGAUGACUUGAAAGGACGACUCCAUAUUUCAAUGGCCACUUUGGGGGUUGGCUCUGUUCCAGCCAAAAGCAGACUUCAGUUGAUUGGUCCUCGGAGUAUUCACUUGUGUGGUUACUAUCUUGGUAGUGGCCGAAGAACCAAUACGAUUGAGGAGUCAGAAUCCUAUGGAGAAGAUAUUGCAAACACCGAGACAGAUAGAUCUGAUUGCAGCGGAGAAGAUGAGUAUGAGGAUAGUUUUAUUGAUGAUGAUGCGAAUCCAGAGGUCUACCCAGAAUCACGUAUUUCAAGUGAAGAGGAAGUUUCACAUGUUAACAAAAGUAAAGGUAGUCGCCGCCGACUACAGAAGAAGCACCAAAGAGUAGAUUCAGAUGAUGACAGUUUGCCAAUUUCAUCUAUUUACAAGAGUAAAGCUUCUGCAAAGGUUUUGUCUGAGGAAAUGGAUGUUAGUGAUGACGGGAGACAAAGUGAUGCCAGCCACAAGAAUGGUGAAGAUGAUGGCAACAACGCUAUUAAAUCAAAUUCAAAAUCAAAAGCUGGCAAUGGUCCUCUAGAUGCUAAGACACAUAGG